AUGUGCGCUGGAGCUUGGGCUAACUUUGCUACCGAGGCCACUGGUUUUAGUGAUCUCUUUCCCGGGAUUAAGUCUCAUCUUCUAACUCUAAAAUGUAAGUGACAUGUUUCUCUUUUUUCAUUUUUUUAAUUGCUUGCUCUUUUGUUUUACGCGCUUACAAUUGCCUAUUGUGAAUAUGCCAACGCAUAUACGAUUGAGAUAAUUUCAUACUGUACAAGUAAACUUUACGAGGCCUCCCUCGUUCACUCUUUCUACAUCUUGCGACUUGCGACUGCAAAGUACAUGUCAUGUACCUAUAUCCACAGAUCACAGUUCUAUCGAAAGGUCAACAGCCUAUGCAAAGUUUUUCAAUUAAUAGCGAAGUUUAGAGAUAACUCAAGUGUUUGAUAUGCAUGUAUAUUUAAUUAGUCAUUGAUUUUGCGAUGUGCUUCCUUCAAAACAUCUUGCUUUUACAACCCUGGCAAAUUGUUCUUUUCAUGACGUAAAUAACACCUCUGAAAUUGUAUACCGCAUCCCAAUAAACAGGAAACGAAAGUCGAGCUAAGUCUGCAAGCUAAGCUUUCAUCUCUUUAUAAAGGCAAAUAGCUUUCACUGGUCAACGCAAUUUUUCCAGUUUGGUACCUUGCUAUGUCAACGAAAUACUAUAUGUUAUAUUCAAAAGUCAGUUUUUAGGAAAGAGAGUAAAUUUUGAAAUUUCAAGGUUAUCUAUCAUGGUUGAGAGGGGUUGCAUGCACCACCCAUGAUGCAUGAAGUAUGUAAUGUAUCAGUUUACAGUCAACCCUCUCAAUGGAUCAGGAAGGGAUUACCCUGUGAGCAGUGAGAGGAGGCCCUUCCAUCCUCUUUAGGGAGGGACCAUCAGAAAAUUAUUGGGGAUGGGGGUGGGGAGGGGAAAAAUAUUCAUGACAGGGAAAAUUAACUAAAGGAAUUGUUAGGGAAAAAAUAUUUAUUCCCCACCCCUGUCAUAACUUUUCUAAUGGUCCACCCCUUUUCUGAGGAGAUCGAAAGGGCCAGGGAAGCUCUGCUGACAUUGUGCUACUUUUCAAAUGAAUCCUCUGGCACGCUGAAGGAAAGAUAAUUUAUUGUUGAAUACAUUAUGCAGAUGUUUGCGAGUCAUCUUAUUCAUUCCAGAUGUUUGCGAGUCAUCUUAUUCAUUGGAUCCAUCACUGUUAUUUUAUUUUUAGUGAUGUUUAAGUUUCCCCUUUGGCGUGACUUUAUCAUGGCUGGAGGUGUGUGCGAUGUCUCAAAAGAGAGUAUCCGCCACAUUGUCACAAAGCAAGGCACCGGUAAUGCAGCUGUGAUUGUAGUAGGAGGGGCAGCAGAAUCUCUUGAUGCCCGUCCAGGCUCUUACACUCUGACCCUCAAAAACAGGAAAGGAUUUGCAAAGAUGGCUCUUCAAACAGGGUGAGGAGAACAAAAUAAUAUUUUCCUUAGUGUUUAGUUUCGAUACUUUAUCCCUGACAAAUUAAAUUUAAGAACAAAUCUUAUUCUUAAUACCUUUACUGGAUUUCUUGUUCAGAGAACUGUACAUUACACAUUGAAUAAAAUUUAAGGAUGUUACCUGGAAAGUACAAAAAUAACCAGUUCAUGUACAUUUAAAGUUAUUGUAGAAUGUUAUUAAAAGGGUGCUCUUUACUUUUAUCAAAGAACACAUACUUGCUUUUACAGCUCUUAUUUUCGUAGUCAAAGAGCACCCUCCUGGUGUUUAAGAGGUGUCAGGUUUAAAUCCUGUCUGGAGCUCAAAAUUUUUUCUUUGUGGUAAUUAUAACUCCAUCUUUUUCCCCUGAGUACCAAACUUUAAAUUUGCUGUCUUUCUUUAUCAUUGUGCAGUUUGUAUUUAGUUGUACAUGAAAGUAAUUUCCCUUUCUAUAUAAAUUCCUUUGUAGGGCAUAUCUUGUGCCAGUGUUUUCUUUUGGUGAAAAUGAAUUAUUUAACCAAGUCAGUAAUCCAAGAGGUUCACGGCUGAGGGCUUUUCAAAACAAGCUGAUGAAAAUAUUAUCCUUUGCUCCGCCUUUGUUCUUUGGUAGAGGCAUUUUGCCAAGAAUUAUUGGCAUCAUGCCGCAUAAGAGACCGGUCUGCACUGUAGGUAUGUACUACUGAAGUAGCAGUCACAGGCAGAUUUAGAUGGAAAUAAUUGUAUUAAAAAGUUUAUAAGAAUUCUCUGUAAAAUCUGUGGUGUAGAGACUUUAUUGUGGUCGUAGAUGCUGUCGAUACAAAAUCAAUAAUAGUAUUAACAGCUGGCAUUAAAUCUCCAUGCCUCAUGAUCCUCCUUCUGAAAUUUCUGAGUUCUUUAUACUGUCAGCCUUCUAGUAUGUGACCUCCCCUAAAUAACUGCUCCUUCAUCAUUGAGAGGUGCAACAUUCCUUGAAUCCCUGAUAGUUUUCCUGUGGACAGAUUUUCUCCUCUAGGGUAACUUUGUGUCAGCGUGUGAAAUUGCUUAUUUAUUUUGGUUCUCAGAUGUGCUUGGUUGACACUGCAUUUCUUUUAGUAAAGUUAUGUGUGUAGUUGCUAAUGUGUGUCACAUAAUUUGUUACCCUUUAGUUUGUAUUUUUGUAUUAUAUUUUCCUCCAUUCAGUUACCUUUUAGUUGUUCAGUGAAUCUAAUGUUUUGAUUCCCUUUCAGUUGGCGCUCCAAUCCCAGUAAAGAGAGCAGUCACAAAUCCCAGUGCUCAACAAGUCAACAGGCUCCACAAGAAAUAUGUCCAAGGACUUAUAAAUCUGUUCGAGGAACAUAAGCACAGAUAUGGCUUGGCAAGAAGUGUCAAGCUAAGAAUUGUCUAGUUGAUUGGUAUGGUAAAAUUAUUGUCAGAUUGACUUUAAGAAUCAAGAUUUAUUAGUAAAUAUUUAAAUGCCCUUUUUUGUAAAAAUCUGUAAAAUUUUUGAGAGAAAAGACUCAAGCAGUAGGUUUUGCUUCAAGUCAUUUCAAGCACUGACCAGCUCCUGGUUGUUCCCAUAUAACAGCUUGUUCAAUAAUAUGAAUAAAUUCAAUAAUAAAAAUGUUAAUAUAUUGAUGAAAGCAGAUAGGUGAAAUUUAGGUGAAAUUCAUUUACCAAAUUGUUUUUCUUGUGUAUGCUUUUCUUUGUGAACAUUCAAAUGAUAGAAAGAUUAAUGAAAGUAAUAUAUAGUGAAUCAAUAUUCACCUCAAUAUUUAGAAGAUUAUUGUGAAGUUCUGAGUUACUGGUUUGGUUUAUUGAAAGUGGUUUGCAUUAAACAAUCUUCAAAUGCAAGCUUUGUGCCAUUAUUUUACUUGUUUCUCUUAUCUUUUAUUAUGAUCCCUUAACUUUCAACGUGCCCCUUCGUAGUAGUUUCAUAAAUGAAAAAAAGGAAACAGACUUUAAACUCUCCUGUGUCCAUAAUUUUUGCCUGAGUAGGGCAGGGUGACCUCCAUGUUGGCCUGGGGUGUAAGGGUGCCUCAAAGGGGAGAAGCCCUGGCCCUGUUUAAAUAAAGAAGUCUAAACCAAUCAAUCAAUCAACAACUUUAUUUAAGUGUCUAAUCUUCUAGCUUGCCGUCAGGCCUACUAAUCGGGGACACAACCUUCUACAGUAUCUCACUAUCUUGUGUAGGACUGAACCCUGUUAGGACAAUGAACAAAAUACACGCUCUUCCUUUCGUUUAACAAACUAAGGCCCUUUUGAGGACAAGCUCCCUGUCCUGUUCACCACAGAGAGCACAAAAUAAACCACACAUAGUCCAGGUGUGUCUAGUCUAGUCACUCUCUCCCCAAAGUAGAAACUGAACAAAGCUCUCUUGCCGUUUUUCCUUAUUCCGAGUUACUCCUCAUUCUUAUCCUACACGUAUGUAGGAUAAAGUCCAGUCAACCCCAUAAGAGGAAGGUAGUCGCUUCAUUUCCAAAAUUAGACUGCGAGCAGUCUCUUAUUCUCCUUGGCUAAGUUACUACACGCGAAACCUAAGCACGAGAGCGGCGAGGCCGCUUGUCGCGAGAACCGAGGGCGUAAGCCCAAGAAGAAAAAAUGUCUUUUCUCGUCUCGUGUCAGUCCCUAAAUAAUAACAUCGUGGUUUGCAAUCGCGCUGGAUGAGAUAAGAACUGGACGGAUUUUAAGAGAAAAGGAGGACCGCAAGCAGUCUAUUCCACAAUCCUUUUCUUUGACUCCCUGUAAAGAGGUACCACUCCCUCGACACGCCCCCCCAAGAUUACCAGUUCGUUCCCAGGUCUUUGUUAAGCCAACAACACGUGCACAGAUCACCGCGUUGAAAGAUUUUUUCAAAAGUUCACAGACCGGAAGGCCAUAGUCUAAUAUUACCAUGUAUUUUGACACGGUUUUUGUUCUUUGACCUCUGCGAAAUUCUUUGAUUUAAUUCGUUAUAAAGUAAGGAUUGCAUCGGGACAAGAUGCCGCUCGUUGAAUUUGCGCCUCUUCGCAUACCUCUCCAUCGUCGGUUGGAGACAGCAGCAGUUGCGUUGUACUAUUACUCGUUCUAUUUUGGCGCCCUCAUUGGCACUCUUAUCAUACUGGGAUUGUUUUUUACCUCGUACUAUCCUCUGGCCAUCCUUUACUUGUCAUGGGCCUACCUCAUCGAUGGACGUACACCCGAACACGGAGGACGAAGAUCAAACUUUAUAAGAAAACUGCGAAUAUGGAAGUACUUCAGAGAUUAUUUCCCAAUCGCUUUGGUUAAAACAUCAGAACUUGAACCAAGCAAGAAUUAUAUAUUUGGCUACCAUCCCCACGGUGUGUUAUGUGCCGGAGCCUUCUGUAAUUUCGCCACCGAAGCCACAGAUUUUACCAACGUUUUUCCCGGCAUUACUCCGCAUUUGUUGCCGCUUAUGGGUAGGUAUAGAAGGCUUCUUUAAAAAUCUUAUUUUGUCAGUGCAGAGUACAUACGCGGUCGAAUGCACGAAAUCAGUGGAACGUUGAGUGUUUUGUAGCCUGUCACGCAAGUGUCACGUAAUAUAACACAGAGGGUACUUGAUCACGGUGUUUUAUUGAACUGAGGAGUGGAAACCUUUUUUAGACACUUUUCCUGCUUGACAGUUUAUAGAAAUGGUGAGUAAUGGGCGGAGAAACUCCAUUAUAAAAAAGGCAUGCUUGUUGGAGAAAAAGAAUUAAACCUCUAUUAAAAGGAGGCUUAUCCGGGCAUGACUCAGGCCAUACUCCAAUGUGAACACCUAAGUUUUGUUUGAAGAUAUUUCUGUAAAAAUAUUGGCUUUCCAUCCUAAACACCUCAAGUAAGACGAAAAUCUGCAAUUUCUACCCCAAAGCAAGAUGACAAGCAUCCCUAUCAUUUUCACUUAGGGUACCCCCUGUCCCCAGGACCUCUGGGAGGCUUAUAACCCGGGGGGGGAACUCCGCAUAUGAAAGGGGUGGGGGUGCUCGUCGGAAAAUUUGAAUUAAACCCCUAAAGGAGACCAAUCUGGGCGUGGCCCAAGCUUCUUUUGACCCCUGAAAGAGACCAUGUUAAAACACAGACAAAUGAGAAAACUUGGAUUAUAUGACUGGAGUAAAUAUAACGCAUUAAAAAUAUACAUAUCAAAUAUAUAUUUUUAAGUUUUUUUCGCGUGCAACCCUAAACGAGAUCUUCACGGCUAAAUAUGAUGGCGUUUUGCCCAGAACACGUAAAGUGAGACCGAAAUCCGAAAUUUACACCCCUAAGCAAGACGACGAGCAUCUCACCCCAUUUCAUAUGCGGAGUCCCCCCCCGGGGCUUAUAAUUUGCAAGAUGAUUUUCAACUUUGCCAGGUUUGAUCGCAAAGCUGAUCUUUGUAUCCUUUCCACUUUAAUUAAUUAGCCUUGUUCAAGCCACCCUUAUUCCGUGACUAUAUCAUGUGCAGUGGAAUGUGCAAUGUUACCCGUGAAAGUUGUGAGUACAUUCUUACCAAGAAGGGCCCAGGAAAUUCAGUGGUUAUUGUGGUAGGAGGAGCUGAGGAGGCAUUUGAUGCCCACCCAGGAACUUAUUCCUUGAUUCUGAAGCCAAGGAAAGGAUUCAUAAAACUUGCUUUGAGAACUGGGUGAGUCUGUUAAGAAAAAUAAACAAUUUUAAGAUUUGAACUUAGUGGACAAUAAUGGGAAAGCUUGCCAUCCAAAAAUGUCUCACUAUGCAGUGGAACCUUGCCAUAUGAUCACCCUGUUUAAAUAACCACCUUGUUAUAUGCAUGACGAUAUUCUUUCAACUAAGAGAUAAAAAUCACUGAGUCAUUUUAUUAUCCUAUAGACCCUGUUAAUGUGACCACCUCAUUAUUACAACCAGGAUUUUAUGGCCCAACAGUUGUUGCAUUAAAAGGGUUCCACUGUACAAAAAAUACUACCCCAAACAUGAGAUAAAUGGGGAAAAAAGAGGGCAAGGCCAGUAUUCAGCCAUCAUGACUGAACAAGCUUGGUUAAUGAAGGAUGAUGAUGAUGAUGAUGAUGAUGUAGCCAAAGGAAAACGUUUUCUCCUGGAACAAAGCAGAAAAUCCCGAGCAGGUAAUUUGGUCGAUCAGAACACAGGGUUCUUCCUCCAGCCAGGGUUCUCUGCUCAUUCUCAUCACAAGGAAUGUUUCACAGGAAGAGGGAGAAAGGGAGAGAGUCUUUCCCCGCAAAACAUUUCUAGUGGUGAGAAGCAAGGAGAGACAGCUGUAUUCACAGGCCAUUCCCUCUCUUGCCUGUGCUUUGUACUGUAAUUCCUACAGUGUGUUAUAGAAUCUGAAAAAGUGGUUUAGAUGAAGUCUCUGGCUUCAAUACCAAAACAAAUAAUUUACAUUAGAAAAGGGUGUAGUGUAUGGAGUGUAUAAUUUGCAGCUAAAAGGUUUAAUUAUUGUAACUUAGACCCUAACCAUACUUUAGCACCUUCCAGUUAGCCUUGAAAAAAGAGCUAACAUUGCGAUGCAACGACUGGUUUCCCCAUGAAAUGAUGUCUGAGAAAUGAGUGCAGAAAUUCCAUACUGGUGACGUGUUAAUACCCAGAUCUGGGUACUGCUUCUGAUUGGCUGAAGCUUUCAGCCAUUCAGAAGCACUCAUUUCUCAGAUGUUAUCUCACAGGGAAACCAGUUGUGGCAUUGCAAAAUGUUAGCCAUUUUUUCAGGCUACCUUCCAAUCAGUCGCUCCAAUAAGGCCAUUAUUGCACCUGCAGCUGCAAUUUAAACGCAGUAUCUACAGUAUAAAUAAAUAAUUUUGGAACUCUGUUGUAUUUCCAGAGCUUCGUUAGUUCCAGUAUUUGCGUUUGGCGAAAAUGAUGUAUUCAACCAAGUCAAUAAUCCAAGGGGAUCAUGGUUGCGAGAUAUUCAGCUGAAAAUACAGAAGAAGGUUGCAUUUGCCCCGGUUCUUUUCCAUGGCCGGGGAAUUUUCCAGUACACAUUUGGUUUUUUGCCACACAGAAAACCAAUAAAUGUUGUUGGUAGGUGAUACUGUGAAGUAAUAUUUCCUUAAUAGAACAAUUUACUGGUAGAUAAUACUAUAUUGUUCCUAGAUCACAAAUCACAGAAGUAAUUGCUUGCUUGAUCAUAAUAAUUUAUACAAUAUAAGUAUCAAUUAUUUAAGUUUCUGGCAAACUGCCCACCUACCCCUCCCCUAACCCAACUUUUUGCCCUAAGUGAGAAGUAAGUGUUAUAAAUGUUGACUUAGGGGAGGAGUAGAUGGGCAGUUUUCUAGAAACCUAUAUUGAUCCCAACAUAAUAGCACUUAUAAACUGAGAGUGAGGUUAUUACAGGGAAAUCUCAGACCAAGGCCUUGAUAUGCGAGGUUAAUAAGUUAUUUAUUAUAUUCUACAGUAAUUCGACCCCAAGCUUUUUCAGUUGCCCAGAAUGUUCCAAAAUGGCAGCAAAGCAUAAAUAAACGUUCAUUUUCUCAUGGAACAGUCUAGUCUGUACCAACAAAUUCAAAUACCUUUUGGGGGAACCCCCUUUCUUGGACCCCCUUUCUUGAAAAAGAGAGAAAGACCCUCACUGGUCAAUUCCUAGAAUAAACGCUGCAUCCAGCAAGGUGUUUUUGUCCCAUAUUACUAUUUCUCUGCAAAUUAAUGGGCCCCAUUAAUGCACUGGGAAGGGAUGCUCUUCAGAUAGCCUGUGUACAGCCGCCCCUCCCCUCAAAAAAAUCGGCUGUACACAGGCUACUCUUCAGAGAAUUGGAAUGGUACCCUUUAAUGAGACAGCUUGUGUGUAAGAGACUGCUUUUAGGGAGUUAAUUUUUAUAAACGUUCUUAUAAUCCUCUUAUCCUUUGCAGUUGGGGAACCUAUUUCAGUAACAAAAGUGGACAACCCAACACCUGAACAAUUGGAUGACCUUCAUGCUACUUACAUUGACAGACUCAAAAAGCUUUUUGAAGAUCACAAAUCGAAGUACUAUGUUCCUGAAUCAACAGAGCUGGUUAUUUACUAA